AAAUAGUUAGUUAGUUGUUAUUUUGAAGUCGAAAACAGCUCAAUGAAAAUCUAAAAACGUUGAAAAUGUCCUGCAUUUGCCAAUAUAUACUAAACGCUGCUGCUAACGCUGAGCCGCCGCCAGCAGCAGCUGAGGCCGAAGCUGCAAGCCAAAACACAAGCGAUAAUGAAGAAAGCCAAGAAGUCAAAACAGAGCCACAGCAGCGCAUUGAUAGCUCGCAAGCGCCUGUUACCGAUGAUGCCAAAAUUGCAGUUUGCGUUUCGGAGCUGGCCGGCUGUCGUGCCGAGAACUGGCUGCUUAAGAAGAAACUGCAAGAGUAUGAAAUAACCAUAGAGAAUUUGGAGCAAAUGAUGACCACCAUUGUGGACAAGCAGCAUCAUGUGCUUAGUGAAAUGCACACACUACGCAAGCGCAACAAUGAGCUGCAAACUGAAAGCAAUUUACAGCGCGAAUAUCAUUCAAUGGAACGCAAUGCUCUAAUCAAAGAACUGCAUGAUGUUAAGCUCAUAAGCCAGCAACGCUUAACUAAUGCUGCUGCUGAUGAUUCCACUGAGCUGGCUAGUUCGCUGGCCAACGAUGAAUGCCAUUGUAUUAGCUGCGAUAGUGAUGCUACAGCUUCUGAUGCAUCUGGCUGCUCCACGCCAUCGUCCAUUAUUAAUACACCCUAUACUAGCGAUGCUGAAACUGAAGAUUCAGAUAUUGAAAGUGAUGCUGAUGCUAAUGAUGUUGAUAUGCAGCAGAAUCAAUACACGCCCGGCACUGAUAGCGAAUCCAAUUAAACGCUCAAUUGUAACUUCGCGAUGGAAAAAAAAUUUUAAUUUUGUUUUGUGCAUAGUAGAUAAUAUUUUCGUUUUAAAUAUAGUAGUAGCUGGGGUGCUAUAAAAU